AUGAUUUCAGCAGAGGCAAUAUUUCUUGCAGUGUUGAAAUGCAACAGGCUUGUUUUCCUUGUAUCUCCCUUGUCCAAGUCAUGGACGGUGCUCGCUCUUUCCUUCAUUUCCAUUCUUUCUUCUCAUUUUGCUUUAUCUUUUAACGAAUGGGUGGUUCUUGCAGAUCCAAUAGUUGAAAUGCUCACUGAACAAUUUAAUCGUUUUGUUAUUCACUGCAAUUUGAAGCCAUCCUCAGUGCAAUUGAACGAGACCACUGACAACAUGGAUGAGAAUAGUGUGUCCAAUGAAAUUUCUCCCGAUCAGGGUCAUACACUCCCAAUAUUGAAGAAAAUCCUCGACUUGAGUACCGAAGUUCAGAAUUUAAAGAAACAACAUGUAGCCCUAUCUGAUGAAGUGAAACUCACAACCGAGUCCUUUCCAGGCCUAGAUGUUUUAAAGUCAGUUCAGCUUCUUGGUUCUGAAUAUGAAAUCUUGAAAAGAAAAUACCUGGCGGAGUCCUCUGAGCGUAGGCGGCUUUACAAUGAAGUGAUUGAACUCAAGGGUAAUGUCAGAGUUUUCUGCAGAUGUAGACCAUUAAAUGAAAGUGAAAUUGCAAAUGGAACAGUGGCAUCUGUUGUCAAUUUUGAGUCAUAUCCUGACGAGCUUCAAGUCAUUUGCUCUGAUUCUUCUAAAAAGCAUUUUAAAUUUGAUCAUGUAUUCAGACCUGAAGAUAACCAAGAGGCUGUUUUUGCACAAACAAAACCUAUUGUUACAUCAGUGUUGGAUGGGUUUAAUGUUUGCAUUUUUGCAUAUGGCCAAACGGGAACGGGCAAGACAUUUACAAUGGAGGGAACACCAGAGCAUAGGGGAGUUAACUAUAGAACCCUGGAGGAAUUAUUUCGGAUAUCUCAAGAGAGACAUGGCAUAAUAAAAUAUGAAUUGCUAGUUAGCAUGCUGGAGGUUUACAAUGAGAAGAUAAGAGAUCUCUUGGCGGAAAACCCUGCCGAUCCUACUAAGAAGUUGGAGAUAAAGCAAGCAGCAGAUGGGGCCCAAGAUGUCCCGGGACUUGUUGAAACUCGUGUUUAUGGAACAGAGGAUGUGUGGGAAAUGCUGAAGUCUGGAAACCGGGUCAGAUCAGUUGGAUCCACCAGUGCCAAUGAACUUAGCAGUCGUUCUCAUUGUCUAUUGCGAGUAACUGUUGUGGGGGAGAAUUUAAUCAAUGGCCAGAGAACAAGGAGUCACCUUUGGCUAGUAGACUUAGCUGGCAGUGAGCGUGUGGGGAAAACUGAAGCUGAAGGAGAAAGGCUGAAGGAAUCUCAAUUCAUAAAUAAGUCUCUCUCAGCACUUGGAGAUGUUAUUUCAGCCCUUGCAUCCAAAUCAGCCCACAUACCUUACAGAAACUCGAAGCUCACUCAUAUACUCCAGAGCUCUUUAGGAGGAGAUUGCAAAACUUUAAUGUUUGUCCAGAUAAGUCCAAGCACAGCAGAUUUAGCAGAGACACUUUGUUCAUUGAAUUUUGCCACACGUGUUCGAGGAGUUGAGAGUGGCCCAGCCCGCAAGCAAGCAGAUCUCACUGAGCUGUUUAAGUACAAGCAAGUGGCAGAAAAAUUUAAACACGAUGAGAAGGAAACUAAGAAAUUACAAGAUAACUUGCAGACCGUGCAAAUGAGACUUGCUGCAAGGGAAGUCAUGUGGCGAAAUCUUCAAGAAAAGGUUCGGGACCUUGAGAACCAGUUAGCAGAGGAGAGAAAAAUCAGAUUAAAGCAAGAAAGUAGAUCACUAGCUGUUGUUUCAGCUCAAUCUUCAACGGUGGCGUCAUUAAAACACACAGAAGCUCAGAAAAUGAUAAAGAAGCCACCACUGAAUCCUUCAAAAAGACCUCCGCUGAGAAGAAUUACUAAUUUCUUGCCUCCACCAUCUGAAAGAAUGCCCUCUCUCAUGGCCUCUUCCAUGGAUGGAAAGGAAAACAUUGCAAGAACAACCUCAAUGACAACUAAUCUGGCGAAACAAAGAAAAAGGGUAUCCAUUGCUGUGAGACCACCACCUGCACCAUCAACAACACAGGUCAUCCUUCAACCUAGAAGGAGAGUUUCCAUGGCUACACCUCGUCCUGAGUCAAAUUCUGACAUGACAACUCCACUCCGUACCUCUGUCUCUCAACCUCAAUCCAAUGGUGGAAGCAGCGUUCAGCAAUCACUGAUAAUAAGGAACCAAAGGAAAGCUCGGUAUUCAAAGUUGUUUGCCCCAAUGCAAGAAAUGAGAACAUCAGUGGAGACAACGCCAACUUUGAUGAGGAGUAGCAGAAAGUUUAUGGGUAGUCCAACACAGGUUGAUUCGCGGAUGACUAGGCAUCCAACUAUUCUUGCACUGCAACGCAAAUCUUUAGUGUGGAGUCCUCUCAAGCUGAGAGGCCUUAAAAAUAGCAGAAAGUCUUCCCUUUUGCCGUCUCGGCCUUCCACCGAAAUGCAAUGA